CAUUAAUAUCUCUUGGCCACGCAUUAGUGGCUAAGAGACAUUAAUGCGUGAUAAUAUUAUUUAUCAUUAUUAUAAUAUUAUUGUCAUUUCCAUUAAGAAAGUGUUGACUAUUGUUGCCAAUGCCCUCAGAUCAGGAGUGUCACACCGCGGUGAGGGAAGUCUUGUCUUGGUUUUUUCUGUCUUGUGAUCUACAUGUUUUAUUUUGAAAAGCAACUCCUCUUGUUUCAGAUCACAGGUCCUUCCUCUUGUGUCACCAGUCUGACGUCAUUCCUGACCCUUGAUUGUUUCCACCUGUUUCCCAUUACCCUCAUGUUCUUUAUAAGCCCAAGCCUCCCCUUGUUCUGUGCCAGAUUGUCUCGAGCUUUCGUGCCUGUCUUGCGUUCCAUGUCCCUGUUCAUGUCCAUGCCUUGCCUUGUUUCACGUCUACGUCCUUGCUCCCAGAAUAUCCCACGCUGUAAUUUUGAAUUGACUUUUUUCCUCCCUCAGAGCGACUUUUGUUAUCCUACCUUUUUCUACCGCAGUGACAAGUUCAACUCCUACGUGACCCUGAAGGUGCAGAAGGUGAAGAGCAGCACAGUCACAGUGAGAGGGAAUCUUCCUUGUUGGGAGCAGGACUUCAUGUUUGAGAUUAGCCAUCAGGACUCGGGUCUGGUGGCAGAAGUUUGGAACAAAGGUUUAAUUUGGGACACUCUGAUCGGCACGGCGCUCAUACCACUAGACACCAUUCGACAGUCUAAUGAGGAGGGUCCAGGCGAGUGGACGUCUUUGGACUCUGAGGUGCUGAUGAGACACGAUGAGAUCUUUGGAACCACCAAGCCAACACAACACCAAGUGCUGCUGGACGCACGCUUUGAGCUGCCUUUUGACAUUCCAGAAGAUGAAGCUCAAUAUUGGACUCGCAAGCUGGAGAUAAUCAACAGCAUGAACAUACAUGAUGAGUUUUCUCUACAGGACGUUCAAAGAAGACCGAUGCCUUCUGCUCCCUCGCAAUGUUCUUUCGACGACCACGACAGUGUGGUGGACGAGCAUGACAGCGACUACCGCAGUGAAACCGGCAGCAGACCCCCGCGCUUCCACAACACCUCGCAGACCAACUCGUCCAUGCACCAGUACCCGAUAGGAGGCAAGGUACAGCAGCAGCACCUGUCGCGGGAGUCGGACUCGGCGCAAAGCUACGAGAUGGACUAUCCAGACCAUCGGGGGUCCAGCCACGUGGAAUCAUCAGGUCAUCUCAGUCCCAGCAGCUCGCAGCUCAGUUCUGAGUCCGAGGAGCGCCGUGACCCCGGGCCGGGCCCCCCAGGGGGACGGCACCCGGCCCUGCGCAGCCAGCCGUCCACCUGGGACGAGGAAGACGAGGGGCUGAAGGAGCGUCCGCCUUCCAGACCGGCCUCGAAUCCGAGGGAUGCACCGGUGGUCCUGCCCACACGGACCUUUGAGGAGAGGAAGAGUGACUUCUGCUGUUCUCCCUCCAGAGUCCGCUGGCUCAAAGCCUACCACAGAGUCCGAGGCAAGCUGGUCCAGGAGAGCCGAGACCAGGAUGCCGGCCAAGACCAGGAUGCUGACCCCAGCAAGCAGCCGUGGGCCAGACCAGGAGGAAACACACCAUUCGGCAUCGACAGCAUGCCCAUCCUCCACAGGAGGAGGCCCAUCCCCCUGGUUAGUGAGCUGCAGACCAUGAUCCAGUCCAGGAAGUCCCACAGCUGGUCCACGUGGACGUCUCUGAAGGACGAGGACCUUAAGAGUCACGUGUACAAGAAGACGCUUCAGGCGCUCAUCUACCCCAUCUCCUGCACCACCCCCCACCUUCUGGAGGUGUGGACGGCCACCACGCCCACCUACUGCUACGAGUGCCAGGGGCUGCUGUGGGGCAUCGCCCGGCAGGGCCUGCGCUGCACAGAGUGCGGGAUCAAAGUUCACGAGAAGUGCCAGGAGCUGCUCAACGCCGACUGCCUGCAGAGGGCGGCCCAGAAGAGCUCCGUGGAGGAGCGCACGCAGCACGUCAUCACGGCCAUGAAGGACAGGAUGAAGAUACGUGAGAGGAACAAGCCGGAGAUCUUCGAGGAGAUCCGCCGUGUCUUCAAGGUCAGCAGGACGCUGCACGCGCAGAACAUGAAGAACAUCAAACAGAACGUUCUGGACGGAACCUCUAAGUGGUCGGCCCGCAUUGCCAUCACCGUGGUGAGUGCCCAGGGUCUGCAGGCCAAGGACAGGACAGGAUCCAGUGACCCCUACGUCACCAUCCAAGUGGGCAAGACAAAGAAGCGGACCAAGACCAUCUUUGGGAACCUGAAUCCAGUCUGGGAGGAGAAGUUCACCUUCGAGUGCCACAACUCGUGGGAGCGAGUCAAGCUGCGUGUCUGGGACGAGGACGAUGACAUCAGGUCUCGGGUCAAGCAGCGCCUGAAGAGAGAGUCUGAUGACUUCCUGGGUCAGAGCAUCAUCGAGGUCCGAACUCUGAGUGGCGAGAUGGACGUCUGGUACAACCUGGAGAAGAGAACCGACAAGUCGGCCGUCUCCGGCGCCAUUCGCCUCCAGAUCAGCGUGGAGAUCGAAGGGGAGGAGAAGGGGGCUCCGUACCACCUGCAGUACACCUGUCUCCACGAGAACAUGUUCCACCACGUGACGGAGGUAGAGGGCGGAGUCAAGAUCCCUGCGGCGCGCGGCGAGGAGGCCUGGAAGAUUUACUUUGACGAGCUGCAGCAGGACGUGGUGGACGAGUUCGCCAUGCGCUACGGCGUGGAGUUCAUCUAUCAGGCCAUGACACACUUCUCCUGCCUGUGGUCCAAGUACACCAUGUCAGGCGUGCCGGCGGUCAUGAGCACCUUGUUGGCCAACAUCAACGCCUUCUACGCACACCCCAGCACCACCACCGUCGUCUCCGCCCAGGCCAGGUUCGCCGCCUCCAACUUCGGGAGAGAUCGCUUUGUCAAAAUUCUGGAUCAGCUACACAACUCUCUUCGUAUCGACCUGUCCAUGUACCGAAACAACUUUCCAGCUAGCAACAAGUCCCGCCUCAGUGAUCUGAAGUCCACAGUGGAUCUUCUGACCAGCAUCACCUUCUUCAGGAUGAAGGUGUUGGAGCUGCAGAGCCCGCCCAGGGCGUCCACGGUGGUGCGAGACUGCGUGAAGGCCUGCCUGAACUCCACCUACGAGUACAUCUUCAACAACUGUCUGGAGCUCUUCAACAGACAGUUCCAGCCUGAGCCAAAGAAGAAGAAGGAAAAGGGAGAAGUGGAUGAGGAAGAGGAGGAGGGAGAAGAGGAGAAGGAGGAAGAGAAGAAGGAUGAGGAGAGCCCGCCAGAAGAACAAGGCCCUAGCAUCCAGAACCUGGACUUCUGGCCCAAACUCAUCACGCUCAUCGUGUCCAUCAUGGAGGAGGACAAGAGCUCAUACACGCCCGUCAUCAACCAGUUCCCUCAAGAACUAAACGUUGGUAAGGUUAGCGCUGAAGUCAUGUGGACGCUCUUCGCUCAGGACGUCAAAUACGCCCUGGAGGAGCACGAGAAACACAAAGUGUGUAAGGCGGCCGACUACAUGAACCUUCACUUCAAGAUCAAGUGGCUCUACAACGAGUACAUCGCCCAGCUGCCCGCCUUGAGUGGCGCCGUUCCCGAGUACCCGGCAUGGUUCCUGCCGUUUGUGCUGAGCUGGCUGAAGGAGAACGAAGAUGUUUCCAUGGACUUCAUGCAUGCUGCACUGGAAAGAGACAAGAGAGAAGGAUUCCAAUCCACGUCGGAGCACGCUCUCUUCUCUAGCUCGGUGGUGGACAUCUUCACACAGCUCAACCAGAGCUUUGACAUCAUCCGCAAGCUGGACUGUCCUGAUGGCGCCGUGCUGGCUCAGUACCACUGCCGCUUCGCCAAGACCAUCAGCAGAGUCCUGCUGCAGUACUGCUCCCUGCUGGCCAACACCUUCCCUGCAUACUGUGCCAAGGAGAAGAUACCGUGUGUGCUGAUGAACAACAUCCAGCAGAUGAGGGUGCUGCUGGAGAGGAUGUUUGAGUCCAUGGGAGCCAAGCAGUUUACAGCAGAGGAAGAAAGGUUGGACUCAGAGGCUGCUGACAUCCUGAAUGAUCUGCAGGUGAAGCUCAACACCUUCAUGGACAACUUCAGUCAUGUCUUCGCCAAGAGUUUCCAGACAGGUGUGACAGUGUGCAUGCGUGACAUGGCAGACAUCUUGUGUCACAUGAAAGGACUUCCUGACAGCAACACAGCACAAGCAGAUGCUGACCUCAUGUUGAGACCUCUGAUGGACUUCCUGGACUCCAACCUGGGUGUGUUUGCUGAGGUGUGUGAGAAGACGGUGCUGAAGAGGAUCCUGAAGGACUUGUGGAAGGUUGUCAUCAUCAGCUUGGAAAAGACAAUUGUGUUACCAUGCAGCAACGACAGUCUGGGUGCUCAGAUCCUGACGGCCGCCAAAGGACUUUCUAACCUGAAGAGCGGAGGUGAAACCAAAACACUGACGCCCAAACAAUGUGUCAUCAUCGACGCCAGCUUGGAGAGCAUCAAGCAAUAUUUCCAUGCGGGAGGAAACGGUCUGAAGAGAAGUUUCGUGGAUAAAAGUGCUGAGUUAGAGUCUCUGCACUACAUCUUGUCACUUUACUCCCAGACCACCGACCUUCUCAUCAGGACCUUCGUCAGCACGCAGCGCUCGCAAGUGCACGGCGGGAUGGGCAUCAGGAUCACAGCCAAUGAGAAGACUCGACCCGAUAGAGGUAGCGGUGUGGAGAAGCCCAUAGGAGAGUUGCUACUGCAGGUGGAAACCACCAAGGAGCGUAAAGUCAACGUGAAAGUCCUUGCCGUCAACGACAUGAAGUGGCAAACAUCCGGAAUGUUCCGGCCUUUCGUGGAAGUUUCUCUGGUGGGACCUUACUUGGUGGACAAGAAGCGCAAGUUUACCACCAAGUCCAAAAACAACAGCUGGAGCCCCAAGUUCAACGAAACCUUCCAGUUCGUCCUAGGCAAGGAGUCGUCAGACUGCUACGAGCUGCACGCCGCCGUCAAGGACUACUGCUUCGGCCGGGCAGACCGCGUGGUGGGCGUGGCCGUGCUGCAGCUGCGCCACGUGACCGAGCGCAAGAGCUGCGUGUGCUGGUGUCCUCUGGCGCCGCGCGUGCACACCGACCAGACCGGCACCACCGUUAUGCGCAUCCUGGCCCAGCGGACCGCCGACGAGCUCGCCAAGGAGCUGGUCCGCAUGAAGGCGGAGUCUAGGCCGGCCGAGGAGGGGACGUGAGCCAUGCCCACUAAUUCAAUAUGCAAAUGAGUCGUAAUCAUCAACUGUCUUUUGAUGUCCUCCUCAUUCUUGGACGUCAAGCAUGUUAACAUGUUAGCUAACAGGAAGUACUUCGGCUGACAGGAAGUACUUUGGUUGACAGGAAGUACUUCGGAGGACAGGAAGUACUCGGGUUGACAGGAAGUACUUGAACUGACAGGACAUAUUGGAGCUGACAGGAAGUACUUCAGCUGACAGGAACUACUUCAGCUGACAGGAAGUGCUUCGGUUGACAGGAAGUACUUCAGAUAACACGAAGUACUUGAUCUAACAGGAAGUAGUUGAGUUGACAGGAAGUACUUGAUCUAACAGGGAGUACUUGAUCUGACAGGAAGUACUUGAUCUAACAGGAAGUAUUUGAUCUGACAGGAAGUGAUUGAUCUGACAGGAAGUACUUGAUGUAAGUACUUCCUGUUAGAUCAAGUACUUUCUGACAACAAACGUGACAAAAAAUAUGUGCCAUCACUUCCUGUCGACAUGCGACAUCACUUCCUGACAAAAAAUGUGUGCCAUCACUUCUUCUCAACAUGCGACAUCACUUCCUGUCAACAUGUGACAUCACUUCCUGACAACUUCCUGAUCACUUUCUUGUCAACAUGUGACAUCACUUCCUGACAACAAAUGUGUGACAUCACUUCCUGUCGACAUGCGACAUGACUUCCUGUCAACAUGUGACAUCACUUCCUGACAACAAACAUGUGACAUUACCUCCUGUCGACAUGCGACAUCACUUCCUGUCAACAUUUGACAUUACUUCCUGACAACAAACAUGUGACAUCACUUCCUGUCAACAUGUGACAUCACUUCCUGACAACUCACAUGUGUCAUCACUUCCUGUUGACAUGCGUCAUCACUUCCUGUCAUCAAACCUGUGACAUCACUUCCUGUGCACAUUGUGUGUAGAAGUGUGUUGAGCGUGCCAAAAGUGUGUGAAAGAAAGAAUGUUGUUGCUUGAAAUGCAAUAAAAUAUUGUUUAUUGACAACGUGCCAAGAAAUGUAGUUGCAAGUCUGGCUUUCAAAAAGUGCACUUUUGCCAAAAGCUUGAAGUACAAAGCAUCUUGUUGUUGUUGUGUGUCCAGCAUGUAGCUGAUGUGUACAAAGUAGAAUGUGUGUAUUUCUGUCUCCUAGAAAUAUUUGGGACAUCAAAUAUUCAUGAAGGACGUCACUUUGUGUGUCAGCUUCAUCCACUUUUUCUAAAACCACCCUUUCACCAUAAAAUACUUUGUCUCCUUUCUCACAUAGCGCUACCUAAAUGUGUUUCCACACUUUUCAAAAUAAAGGCCACCAAAAACAAAAUGUCAUUAUUG